AUGCCUGCCGUGCGAGAUCCCUACGAGGCCAUUGCCGCACACAUUGACAGCCUCGCGCCCCGGAACUCCCGGCCGUAUCCGCCUCAGCCUGCGAUGGACUACGUCUUCAAUGCGCCGCAGAACCAGCCCGUCGCAAAGCGCCAGCAGAUGAUCCAGCAGGGCAUAAUACCCACCUACUACAACACAAAUGGCCCCGCGCCCGGCACCGUCGCAGGUAUCGUCCUAGGCAGUGUCGCGGGCUUCUUACUCAUCGUAUGGCUGCUCUACACCCUCACCCAAGGCGGACCCGGCUUCGGAGGAAAUAGGACAGCCAUGGCGGGGCAGGAGGAAAUCGUCAUUCGCAGGCCGCGCCGCAAUUCACACGGCGCCCGGCGCUCGACGGCUAGUCGCCGCACAGAAGUACGCGAGGUCAGCAGGAGUCCGAGGAGGUCUGGGGGACGGUCGCAGAUUAUCGUCGAGGAGAGGAGGGGCCCGCCGCGGCCGAGGAGCAUUAUUGUGGAGGAGAGACAUCGCGUGCCGAACGACGACGUGGUCGAGGUUAUUGAGGAACACGACGAGUAUCGCGCGAGACGGGGGAGUAGGAGAGGGGGAUAUCGGUGA